GUGCAUUGUGGUCUGACACCUCUUGUGUCGUUGGUUGUUUGGCCCGUUUGGCUCACACUCUGCAAAAUGGCGACGUCCCUGGGAUCCAACACCUACAAUAGACAGAACUGGGAAGACGCGGAUUUUCCAAUUCUUUGUCAGACAUGUUUAGGAGAAAACCCUUACAUCCGUAUGACCAAGGAGAAGUAUGGAAAAGAAUGCAAGAUUUGUGCUCGACCCUUUACUGUGUUCCGAUGGUGUCCUGGGACACGAAUGCGUUUUAAAAAGACGGAAGUCUGUCAGACUUGUAGUAAAAUGAAGAAUGUUUGUCAGACUUGUCUGCUCGACUUGGAGUAUGGUUUGCCUAUCCAGGUUCGAGACACUGGCCUCUCUGUUAAAGAUGAUGUCCCUAAGUCAGAUGUGAAUAAAGAGUAUUACACACAGAACAUGGAGAGAGAGAUCGCUAAUUCAGAUGGCACACGACCAGUAGGCCAACUAGGUAAAGCCACCAGCUCUAGUGACAUGUUGCUGAAACUGGCCCGAACAACACCUUACUACAAGAGAAACAGACCACACAUUUGUUCCUUUUGGGUGAAGGGAGAGUGUAAGAGAGGAGAGGAGUGUCCAUACAGGCAUGAAAAGCCCACAGAUCCUGAUGAUCCUCUAGCUGACCAAAACAUAAAGGACCGUUACUAUGGUAUCAAUGACCCAGUAGCUGACAAGCUACUAAAGCGAGCCUCAACUAUGCCCCGUCUUGACCCACCAGAGGACAAGACCAUCACCACCCUCUACAUAGGGGGUCUGGGAGACACUGUCACAGAUGGAGAUCUUAAGAGUCACUUUUACCAGUUUGGUGAGAUUCGCACCAUUACUAUAGUCCAGAGGCAGCAAUGUGCUUUCAUCCAGUUUGCCACACGACAGGCAGCUGAAAUGGCUGCAGAGAAGUCCUUCAACAAGCUUAUCAUCAAUGGACGGAGGCUUACUGUCAAGUGGGGAAGGUCUCAGGCUGCAAGAGGGAAGGAAGGUGUCAAAGAUGGAGUCAGUGAGAUGGGCACCAGACUCGAUCCUGUACCUGGGUUACCUGGAGCUUUACCCCCACCACCAGCAUUAGAUGAAGAGGCUCCUGCAAACUACUUCAACCUGGACCCUAGCACCUCUCCAGCUGUCAUGAACAUCGCUCUUCCUCCACCACCAGGCAUCAACCCCCCUCCUCCAGGUUUUGGACCUCCGAUGUUUCACCCCAUGGGUCCCAUGGCCCCACCUAUGCCCCCUCCUAUGAGCAUGAGACCUCCUGGUCAAAUCCACUACCCCUCUCAGGAUCCCCAGCGUAUGGGUGCCCAUGCUGCACAUGGCUCGCGCCAUGGUGAUUAGCUGCUAGUGUGAUAUCACACUGAUUAGGCGUCCUCCUUUUCUCAUGUCAAACCAGGUCAGGUGUCUUCAGAUGCUUUUGUUUGGUGUAAAACCUACUAACCACUCCUGGUAGAAAUGCACUGCAUGAAAAGCAUCUGAUUUAUUCUACCACCUGCAAUGGAUUGAACAAAACUGAACGUGUUGUCUGUGUUGGGAAGAUGACAACCAGCAUCUUGCAAAAUGUUAAAAGUACCAGAGAAGCAUCCAAACAGUGAAACAAAAAACACUUCAAACAUGUAGGAACUGGCCAAUAUGAUCAGGGUCAUCUGGUUUUAAAGGGCUCCUGUAGCUGGAGCUGUUGUACAUAUAAAAUGUAUACUUAAGGUGAAACAUGUAUUUGUUAUAUUGUGCAAAGUAUCAGGUGGAUUAAGAGGAGCAUUUUUAAAAUUGUUCAUUUUCGGUUGCAUUGCCUUUUUUAUUUGACACAAUUAUAUUUCACAGCACAAUUACUAGGUUAUUGUAAAGCUUUCUUUAAAUGUUCUCAUUUGUCAUUAAAAUGACCAGUUUUGUCAUUUAUCAUC